GCCAGAGCAGACCUCCCGGCUCGACAGGCGGUGCUGGCGGCGGUAAAAUGUCGGCUCCAGGACCUUACCAGGCGACCGCAGGCCCUUCUGCAAUGCCCACCGCACCCCCAUCCUAUGAAGAGACAGUGGGUGUCAACAGUUACUACCCAACACCCCCAGCACCUAUGCCGGGGCCAGCCACAGGACUCAUUACAGGCCCAGACGGGAAGGGCAUGAAUCCACCUUCGUACUACACCCAGCCUUUGCCUGUUCCCAAUGCCAAUGCAAUUGCCGUGCAGACAGUGUAUGUGCAGCAGCCCGUCUCCUUUUUCGACCGCCCUGUCCAGAUGUGCUGUCCAUCCUGCAGCAAGAUGAUCGUGACCCAGCUGUCCUACAAUGCCGGAGCCCUCACCUGGCUGUCCUGUGGCAGUCUGUGUCUGCUGGGGUGUGUUGCCGGCUGCUGCUUCAUCCCGUUCUGCGUAGACGCCCUGCAAGAUGUGGACCAUUACUGCCCCAACUGCAAAGUGCUCCUGGGCACGUACAAGCGCUUGUAGGACUUGGCCAGCCAGCUAUAGGGGAGAUGCUAGAUACAUGUUACCGGAAGUCACCUGACCCUUGCCCAGCUCACCCAGAAGAGACACCUUCCUUGAUUUCAUCUUUUCAUGGGCUCCAGCGUCGUGUCCUUUGGUGGGUGGGAAAGGUCAAAAAAGUGACAAACUUCCAAACCCCAGAAAUUGCUGCUUGGAGUCACACCCUGCACAUGCAAAGACAUGGACCUUGAUGUUUCAAGGGCUUAUCGCCUGCCCAAGUCACCCCACUAACUGUGAUUGUUACCCCGUUUACCUCUCCACUGAUUUGCCAUUCGCUGGCUCCUCUUCCUCCUAGGUGGACCUUCCUGGUGGCGGUCUUAAACCUGGAAGCCAGUUUGCCUUAUUUUUCACCGUCUGGCCUGAUCUUUUCUGUCUCUCCCCAUCCCUGAUGGCAGAGACCUCGCCUUAAAGACUUUGUGGUUCUGUAAUCACAGGCUCUCGGGCCCUCAGAAUCGCCUUAACUUCUAGGUUUGGUUUCAUUUGCCAAGUGCACAGAAGGGCUUCCGACACCCACCAGAUACAUAUGGAGCAGGCCACAGUCAGGCUGGGUCUAAUCGCAUCCCCUCCUGCCUCAGCCCCACUCAUGAGUGCAGGCAUCUUCCUCGUGGUUUCUGCGAGUUCUUGUUCUUAAAACACGUGGGAGUUCCUUGGCAGGGAGACCUUUCUAGAAUAACUUUUGUGAUCAUAAUACACCCUUCAUUUUUCCAUUUGCUGGUGUGUUUUUGGUUGGUUUUGUUUUCGUUUUUGAUGUACAGUCUGGCUUUGUUGCCCAACCCAGCUUUGACCUCCUAGGUUCAAGUGAUCCUUCAGUCUUUGCCUCUCAGAUACCCAGAGCUCUAGACACACACACUGCACCUACUGCGUUGUUUUCUGUUUCAACAGACAGGUGCUUUCGUCUACUGCCUACCUGGACUUGUGUGGUUUUGAAAAGCUUGUCUGUGGGGAUGAGGGUGUCCCUGUUUGAGCCCAUGCUACAGUGCUGAGAGCUUGAACUCCCACAACAGAACCUGAAGCUUGAUUUUAGUUUCUAGAGAUGAACUUGCUAUGUGGCACCAGCCUGGUUUUCAGUAUCAGCGGACCAGAUGGGAGGACACCAAAGACAAGUCAGGGCUCCUAGGGUGACCACUCUGGCACAGCCCAGCCAGUGUCCAUCCUAAACCCACACAGGAACUGCUGCAAACAGUAGUGCAUGAAGUCAGCCCGACCCUGAACUGCAUGUUGGUUAACAUACAGUCCUAACCAUUGUCUGAGCUGUUCAUGCGGUGAUCCAGAAGCACUGGCCAUCAUUUUUGCAAUGAAUUUUGGGUACCAUAUAUAACUUUGGUGUUAUCUACUUUUAAACAAAUAAAAUGUUGGUCACUCAGUGAACAAUUCAGAGUGAA